AUCAUAAAUAUUUCCUUCACGUCCACCUUCCUCGUUCGUCUAGUGUUGUCCUUAAAAGCGCUGCGGCUCCUUUCAUAGAAUUUGCCUUCACUAAGCUAAAUUUUCUGUUUUUCUGGUCUGUGUUUUUUAGUUUUUAGGGCUGUUCUGUGUGUGUUUGUGUUCCGCCAUGGCUGCGAGAGAAGAGCUGCAGAGCGGCGGGCAGGCGGCGAAAGAGGUGCAUUUUAGAGGGGUUCGGCGAAGGCCGUGGGGUCGGUUCGCGGCGGAGAUCCGCGACCCUUGGAAAAAAACUCGUGUUUGGCUCGGGACUUUCGAUACGGCCGAGGAGGCAGCGAGGGCCUAUGAUAACGCUGCAAGGGCUCUGCGUGGAGCAAAGGCUAAGACUAAUUUUACUGCUCCUGCGAGAGACAGUGGGAAUAUUAACCAGAGCAACACUAGUCCGAGUAGUACUGUUGAUUCGUGGUCGAAUCCCAGGAGUGUUGUUGUGUCGCGAUCCAGCGGGCCUUCGGACUGUUCUUCCUGGAGAAGCUUCUACAGCGGGAAAUAUUUGGACGCUGCCGCUGGGGCUAGCAGUAAUAGUGCGAGUUUUGGAGGGGUUACGGUGGCUGCCGCUCAUGGCUGGAAGCCAAUUUACGUUGGGAGGGCUGUUCCUGUGGUGGAAAAUAGAGCCUUUGAUCUAAAUAUUUCCAGUCCUGAUUUUGGUCGCGUUGAGGAAUCGAAGCCUUUGAGGCUUGGACUUAACGUGAGGGCGCAGGAGAGCUUCAACGGUCCUGUUGUGCAUAAUAACCCUUAUGACUGCUUUUCUGAGGCGGCGAUUCCUGGAAAGUUGCUGCUUUUUGAAGGGAUUGCGUCUCGGCCGGAGAAAAAGCAGAAGAUUUGUGCGGUAAAUGAUCUUGAGGAGGGCUGUAAUGGCAGAGAGCGGUGGUUGAUGUUGAGUAAAGGAAGCGGCGUUGCAACGGAGACGGAGCCGCGGACUAUUCACAGUGACUGCGAUUCUUCCUCGUCUGUCGUGGUCGACACGGAGGCCAAGAAAACUCCGGAUUUUGACCUUAACCUUCCCGCACCGACUGAUGAGGCGUAGGAUUCGAGUUUUGGCCUUCUAGAUAAAUAUUUUUUUUUUCCUUUGAAGUUCAGAGCCACAACUGUCUGAACAUGAUCGUGUUCCUUUUGGUCACUGCGAUAGCUAUGCGGCUGUAAAAUACCUUAUCAUUCUCGUGCUUUCGACGAGCUUUAGUUUUGCAUUUUCUUCUGUGAAUAUUUUUCUAUCUAAGCCAAGGCAAGAAAAGAAACACUGGCGUUCCUUUGUGUAUUUUCUCUAAAAUUUUCAAUGGAGAAAUUUUUUCAGGCA